AUGCAUUGUUCUGCUACAGUUACUUACGCUGAUUAUACAGCAUCUGGACGUGGUUUAAUAUUUAUAGAAUAUUGUAUAAUGAAUAAUGUUUUACCUUAUUAUGCUAAUACACAUAGUGAAAAUAAUGCAUGCGCAUUACAAACUACGAAAUUUCGUGAAGAAUCACGAAAUAUGAUUAAACGAUGUGUCAAUGCAACUAAUGAUGAUGCUGUUAUUUUUACUGGAUCAGGAUCAACAGCUGCUAUCAAUAAACUUGUCGAUGUUUUACAACUGAAAAAUAUAGAUGUUCAAAAAAAAACUGUUGUUUUUGUUAGUACAUUUGAACAUCAUUCAAAUAUAUUACCGUGGAAAGAAACAGGAAUUGAGUUUAUACGAAUUCCUAAUACUCCAGAAGGUCUUAUUGAUCGAGAUUAUUUAAAAAGACAAUUAAAACAUUAUCAUAACGAGGUUAAAAAACAUAUUAUUUGUACAUUCAAUGCUUCGAGUAAUGUAACUGGUAUUCGAACUGAUGUUGAUCGUAUUUCAAAACUUGUUCAUCAAUAUGGUGGUUGGAUUUUUUGGGAUUAUGCAGCAGCAGCACCUUAUCUUAAAAUUGAUAUGAAUACACCAGAUAUGACUUAUAAAGAUGCUGUUUUUAUUUCUGCACAUAAAUUUGUUGGUGGACCAUCGACACCAGGUAUUUUAAUUGCUAAGAAAAAACUUUUUAACAAUCUAGUUCCGACAUCUGUUGGAGGUGGUACAGUUAAUUUUGUAACUCGAAGACAUACUGAAUAUGUAAAAGAUAUUGAAACACGUGAAGAAGGUGGAACACCCAACAUUCUUGGUUCUAUUCGAGCUGGUUUAGUUUUUCAUUUAAAAGAAUGUGUUGGUUGUGAUACAAUUGAAGCAUGUGAAGAUGCAUUAGUUGCAAAAUUCUUUGCACGAUUUCGACAUAAUGAAAAAUUAAUUGUACUUGGCUCAUCAACUAUUUCUCGGCUAGGCAUAUUUUCAUUUCUUCUUUAUGUACCAUUCUUUAACAAAUACUUACAUCAUAAUUUUGUUUGUGUUUUACUAAAUGAUUUAUUUGGUAUUCAAGUACGAUCAGGAUGUUCUUGUGCUGGACCUUAUGUUUUAGAUCUACUUCAAAUUGAUGAUAAAACAGCAGAAGGUCUUACAAGAUUUAUUACAGCAGAGGAAAAUGGUCAGUUGGAUGAAUUUCCUAAAAAUGCAUUAGUCAAACCUGGUUUUACUCGAUUUAAUUUAUCAUAUUUUGCAAGUGAUGAAGAAGUUAAUUAUAUUUUAAAUGCAGUUGAAUUUAUCGCGAAUGACGGAUGGAAAUUUUUAUCAUUGUAUACUUAUGAUAUAAAUACAGCUGUUUGGCAUCCUCGUAAUAUGCCAUUGGAUAAUCAUUUUUCUCAAUUUCAUAGUCUUCAAAUGGCUAAUAGAAAUCGUACAAUGAAAGACAAAUCCGAAAAACAUCAAGUCGAACGUUGGAAUUCAAAUUUUGAGCAAUCAAGUAUAAAUUCAUCUUCAGAUGAUCCAAUCGAGGAAGCUAAAUCAAUGGCAAAUAUUAUACCAAAAUAUGUUUAUGAAAAUAUUGAUUUUCGAACUGAUCCACCGUUAAAUAUUCCAGAUGCGUAUAAAGAAUUUAUUUGGUUUGUUUUACCAAAAGAAGUGAUUCGAAAAAUAAUUAUUGACUAUGAACAUAAUGAAAAAGAUAAUAAUAAACCCCUACCAUUUCAUUUGAAAAUGAAACACUAA